AUGGAUCACAUAAACAAAGACAACCUCCAUGAUCUAAACAAAAAGUUAACAGAAGAAAACCAAAGACUUUCGCUUCUUGUCUAUGGUUUAUAACGACAAUUACAAAAUGCAGCAGUUCAGAUAAAUUAUGUGCAAUCAAUUGAACAAAAGUUGGAGUUGCUGCAAUUUGAGAUAAUUCAAUUAAAAAAGGAUAAUUAAUUAUUACAGGAAUAAGCAUUCGUGCAUUUUGAGUAGUAGAUGCAAAGGGACUAGCUCUAAUUGGAACUUGACUCUAUGAAAUCUUAAUACGAGCAGAAGUUACAAUUUCUGAUUAAGGAAAAUAAGAGAUUAGGAAGGCUAAAUAAAGAGAUCUAAAAUAAAUAAACUAGUUCUAUUGAAGCAUCAGCAUCAAAAUUGAUUGAAUUAAGCAAUGAUUUAAAAAUUAAACUGGAAAAUUUCAAUUCAUAAUCAAAUAAUCUAAACUAAACCGUGGUUGGUCCAAAAGGGAUGACGAAGAAGAUAUAUGACAAUUUAAUCUAACAAUUGCAAACCACCGAGGAAAAGUCGUUCCAAAUUACACAUGCUAAGAGGUUUCCAAUGAUACAAGUAAAGGAAGUAAAAUAAUAACAAAAAAGCAUGGUAAGCAUACCUAUCGUUUCGAGUAUUUCAAGUAUAAAGUGA